AUGACUCCAUGCAUUGCAGCCAUCUAUCGCCAUUGCAGGGCCCUUGGCUCGCAGGCAGAUUUUCAGCUCCGUCCUCCAUCUCGCUUGCCCAUCAUGCCUUUGCAGUCGGAUGUGCGAGAGCGGCUGCAGGCUUUCCUUCGAGAAGCCUCGGAUGGCGACGGCCUUGUCCGAAUCGUGGAGAACUGCUUGAACUACUUGAAGUCCAAGCAUCUCUUGACCUCCAUGAAGUUGGAGGCGAGCCUUGUGGGGAUCCAUCCCUGCAACCGGGAUGGGUACGGAGUGAAUCCACAAGACGUUCGUGAUCUUGUGGACUCGAUUGUCGAUGUGGGCUAUGUCCCCACACGUGUGCAUGCGGUCGGUGUCGAAGUCGAAGGAGACUGGGUCCGGCAGUGGAACAAGAAGCUGUUCGAGUCAGCCCACGGUCUUCUCGGAAGCCUUGAGCCGGAAGCGAUCAAGAUCACUUCGAUCUGCGGAUCACAUACCAAUUGCGCUUUGCGACUUUUUCAACAAGGUGCAAGCCACGGCAACGAGGUCGUGAGUGUGGGUGGAAAGCUCAGCAUGGAGCUUCUUCGUGCUCGGGAUGCUUCGUUCCACGAAGCAGCUGAUCAAGGCCUGACGUGGGACGUGAUCUCCUCCUCCGUGGCGGAAGAGUUCCCAGAGCUGAUCAGCUUGAUAUCCCGGUCAGGCAACACAUCGCUUCAACGAGGAGAACAUGAGCUACAAGUACUCCGUCGCAUCCAUUCCACGUACUACCGCUUGCAGACUCAGACUGGCCAAGCACCGGCUUUUGCAUCUCUGAAGAAGUUGAUAUUGGCCAGCAAACCAAGCUGCCAUGCCUCCGUACCCCACAUGUUUACGUUUUGUCUGAAGGCUUCCGGGGGUGCCGAUGCGAGCUUCCUUCAGGAGACGGAGUCCUUUGUGCGGGCUUACUGCCCUUCUUCUCGGCAAUUGGGGCCUGUCCUGUGGGAGGCUUUCGGGCAAGAUUGCCGAGGGCACCAGUCAGAUCCCGUUGCAGCAUUUCGCCAUGCACUCAUGAAGCAGGCAUACUUGAGGCAGAAUGUGACCAUUGCUGAUGUGAAGAAGAUGACUUCUAAAGAACUCUUCCCCAAGGUCAAGGAAGCUGACAACAUGAUCCUCACGGUCAGGGGCAUCUUAAGGGAUGGAGCUCGCGAUUUCAUGACGGAUUCGCGGGUCGUGCAGGCUCUGGCCACUAUGGAUAUGACGAUAGCAUCGCACGUCCUCGGCAUCAAGGUGCCGGACGAGAAAAAGUACAAAACAGUCCAAGCGAUUGGGCACGAUUUUUUGCUCGUGGCAAGAAACCUGACCGGUGUUGCACUCCCUUUGCCAUGGGAGUCGGUGUCUGAGCAAAGUGAACCAGCUGCAACUGCAGCGACUGCUUCCCAGCCUUCUGCUGCAGGUGUGAUGCUUGAGCUUGCUGAAGACGGCAGUAUCAAGGAACCUGAGAAGAUAUUGGCCUCCAAGGGUUUCGCUAUGGGUGCACACAUCCGUCGCAAGGUUGACAAAAUCGAGGGAGUUCUUUCAGAAGUGAAAGGUCAGAUGGUCUUUGUGAAGAUGGCUUCGGGAAAGACGGCCAAGGUGGAUCUCAAUGUUAUCCUGGCUGGAGAUUGGGUCGUGUUUGUUCCUCGUGUGCAGCCCACAAUGCUAGACAGCUUGGACCAGUACCAGCACCAUGUGGAUUUUGAUGCCAGCAUUCUUGCAUCGAAGAUUCAGCUUGAGCUCUACAAGCUUCACCAGUCCAUGGAGUGUGGAUCGGAGCACCUGAAAUUGCAGCUGAAGCCUUCGAGGAUGUUGCUUGCCAACUCGGACAUCAAGAAACUCUGCAUGGUGCCCAUGACCAACAAGGUCGUGCAGAAAUCCCAGGGCCAAGGCAACACCAUGUUUGAGGUGCAGACGGACUGGCAAGGAGACGACCGCAAGUUUUGGCUUUCCGGAGCCAACAUUCUACCCAAAGAUAACGACGACGACACUUGCAAACAUGUGGUAGUUCCCUUUUGGUUGGUGCAGCACAGCCAUCAGGAAGAGGAUUGCAAUGUGAAGCUUGUUUGGAUUGCGGGAACAGAGAAGAGCAUCAAGAUUCCGGUUUUUAAGAACACCAAGAAGAUCCCGGAAGGCAGCCCCAUUGUGGCUCCCUUGGAGGAAGUGGAGGACGACCACAAGACUUCGGCGCAGAAAAGAGCAUCGGCGAGCUCAGGUGUGCGAGCUUGUGCUGUGCGGAUGGAAAUGCAGUGCAGCUUUAUAUGCUUCUGUAUGCAAGUGCAGGAUGCAUCGCCCGUGAUGAAGUGCAGGUGCAUUGUUGAAGUUGCUGCUUGCAUGGAUGUGUCGUUUUCGCCUAGGCAGGGCAUGUGUGCUCGCCGGCAGAAAACAGCUCCAGCCUCGCAUCAAACCAUUUCCCCCGUGCAUCGCAUCAUCAUGGCUUGCUUCGAGAUUGUGACGAAACAGGUUGUCGUGCUGGGUGACCGAAGCUGGAUGCCAACCCAAAAGAGUGUCGACGACCGGGUCUUCUGUGCUGUCUCGAAAUGGUCCCCGCAGCUUGUGAAAAUGAUCACAGGCAAACGACUGGACUUGCGGUCCGGCCAAGGGGAAUCAUCGGGGUCGCUGAACAUAAAGCUCUUUGACGAUUUGAUCGAGAAGAGGCAGGCUGCUUGCGACAAGCUGCUGGAAGAGGCCCUGAGGGACGAUGAAGCCGACGACGAGCCCAAGAAGAAGAAAAGCAAGAAGGAUAAGGUGAAGGCUUUGGCCAAGCACGUGCACCUGUUGCCGGCGAUCGUCGACAUUACGAUCGAUGGCUUUCAGCUGUCGAUCCUCAGCGAGGGCCUGUCUACCGGGAGCAUCUUCGUGGAGAUGCUCUCCGAAAAUUUCAAUUGGCUCAUGGAGCAGGCGAAUCGACAAAUGCCUGUCGAUCGGAAGAAAAGAAGGCACAGCUCCCGGGACAAGACCGAUGCCAGCGAGGAUUCCGACAAGGAGGCCAAGAAGGUUCCAGCGGCGAAAGCCAAGGGCAAGGCCAAGGCAAAAGCUAAGAGCCCGGCCCUGAAGAGCAUCCUGAAUGGCUCCCCGGCCAAGAACCCGGCCCCGAAGGGCAUCGUUGGCUCCCCGGCCAAGGCCAAGAAGUGA